AUGAAUCUCGACGACGAGAUAGUGUGGAAAUAUGGAGCUGGAAAGUCUCUGAUAGCUCAAAUCAACAGAGCUGCUGAAGUCUACUCCACAUGUGACGGUCCUGAUGAGAGAUUCAGAGACAGACUGAAGCUGGACAAACAAACUGGAUCUCUGACCAUCACAAACAUCACAACUCAACACGCUGGAGAUUAUCAACUAGAGAUAAACGGAGCAAAACUGUCAUCAAAAACAUUCAAUGUUUCUGUCUAUGCUCAUCUGCCUGUUCCUGACAUUACCAGAGAUUGUUCUUCAUCAUCAUCAUCAUCAUCAUCAUAUUGUUCAUUGUUGUGUUCAGUGGUGAAUGUGGGUCAUGUGACUCUCUCCUGGUACAAAGGAAACAGUUUAUUGUCCAGCAUCAGUGUGUCUGAUCUCAGCAUCAGUCUCUCUCUACCUCUGGAGGUGGAAUAUCAGGAGAAAAACAGCUACAGCUGUGUGAUCAACAAUCCCAUCAGAAACCAGACCACACAUCUGGACAUCAGCAAACUCUGUCACACAUGUCCAGGUACAGCAGAGCAUGUGCAGUAG